AUGUCCUCUGAACGAGAAUCCUUCAAGCAAGAAGUCGCCGCUGUCGAACGGUGGUGGAAACAGCCAAGAUUUGCGUCAGUCAAGCGUCCGUAUACUGCUGAGCAGGUUGUAUCAAAACGGGGGACGCUGCCUAUCCAGUAUGCGUCUGAUGCGCAAGGGAAAAAGCUCUGGUCACUGCUGGAACAACACUGGAAGAACAAGACACCUUCGCAUACCUACGGGGCUCUCGAUCCCGUCCAGGUUACCCAAAUGGCAAAGUAUCUCGAAACCGUCUACGUUUCCGGGUGGCAGUCGAGCUCGACGGCCUCGUCGACAAACGAGCCUGGACCGGAUCUCGCAGACUAUCCAUAUGACACUGUUCCCCGCAAAGUGGAGCAUCUCUUCAUGGCUCAGCUUUUCCACGACCGUAAACAGCGCGAGGCGAGGUCACGGCUGAGCCCAGAGGCGCUUUCUGCCACUCCCUACGUCGAUUAUCUGCGCCCUAUUGUUGCAGAUGCAGAUACUGGACACGGUGGACUGACGGCCGUCAUGAAACUCACAAAACUUUUCGUCGAAAAGGGUGCCGCCGGUAUUCACAUCGAAGACCAAGCACCUGGCACCAAGAAAUGUGGCCAUAUGGCUGGAAAGGUCCUCGUUCCUAUUUCAGAGCAUAUAAACAGAUUGGUGGCAAUUCGUUUCCAGUACGACGUUAUGGGAGUCUCAAAUCUCGUCGUGGCGAGAACAGAUUCGGAGGCUGCUACCCUCAUUACAACCAAUGUCGACGAGCGCGACCAUGCCUUCAUUCUGGGGUGCACAAACCCCGAAUUAGAUGACUUGGUGACAGUCAUGUCGACGGCAGAGGCAAAAGGUGUACAAGGACAAGCGCUACAGGCUCUCGAGGAUGAGUGGACGGCAAAAGCGGGACUUCGCCUCUAUGCUGACGUGCUGGUCGAUGCAUUGGCGAAGACGGGCGCGAACAAGACUAAGCAGGAUCAACUACGUGCAAAAAUUGCGCGUGUAUCUCAUAAGCAGGCGCAACAGAUUGCGUCAAAGGAAUUCGGGCUCACCAAGCUUCCUUACUGGAACUGGGACGCCCCUCGUACACGAGAGGGCUAUUACCGUUAUCAAGGUGGCACUCAAUGUGCCAUCAACCGCGCCAUUGCAUUCGCUCCGUUUGCCGACCUUCUCUGGAUGGAGACCAAAAGCCCUAUCCUCGCGCAAGCGAAGGAAUUCGCAGAGGGCGUCCAUAAAGUGUAUCCCCAACAGUGGCUCGCGUAUAAUCUCAGCCCCAGCUUCAACUGGGACGCGGCAGGUCUGGGCACAAAAGAGAUGAAGGACUAUGUCUGGGAGCUCGGAAAGCUAGGCUUUGUGUGGCAAUUCAUCACGCUCGGAGGAUUGCAUUCGAAUGGAUACAUCUCGGAUUUGUUCGCGCAGAACUAUGCAAAGGAAGGCAUGAAGGCCUAUGUCGAGUUGAUCCAGCGUCGAGAGCGAGACCUCGGCACAGAUGUCUUGACGCAUCAAAAGUGGAGUGGUGCCGAGUACAUUGACAACAUGUUGAUGACCGUGACUGGUGGCAUUUCGUCAACGGCAGCUAUGGGUAAAGGCGUAACGGAGACGCAGUUUGGGAAACCCCAGAAUAAGCUCUGA